GGCUAAAAAGUUUCCUUUACGUCAUCUCCCUCAGGCUGGCCGCUGCAAGCCUGCAAGCGGAGCUUCACGCGCCGCGUCGCAGAAGUCGCGACGCUGUAGGAAGUCGCGGCUCGCGCCGCUGCAGCGCUCCUGCGCCACGCCGCCACUCACGCCUCCCUGAGGGGGCGGAAGUCGAGCCGACUGCCGAGGAAGUCCUGCGCCGCAGCCUUCUUGCGCCUCCCCGGCUACUUGUUCCGGCACUCCAUCCACUGCUCGCCGGCUUUCUUCCUCCAGCUCCAACUCCCGGCGCCAUGAAGAUCGCGGUGGAGGGGUGCAUGCACGGGGAGCUGGACAUAGUCUACGACACGUUGCGAAAGCUCGAGGAGGCCGAGGGCGUCAAGAUUGACCUUCUUCUCUGCUGUGGCGAUUUCCAGGCUGUUAGGAAUGAGAACGAUUUACAGUGUGUUAACGUCCCACAAAAGUUUCGUGCCAUGAACUCAUUUUGGAAGUACUACUCAGGAGAAGCAGUUGCUCCGUACCCAACCAUCUUUAUCGGUGGAAACCAUGAAGCAUCCAAUUAUCUGUGGGAAUUGUACUAUGGAGGAUGGGCAGCACCUAACAUAUACUUUUUGGGGUUUGCUGGUGUUGUUAAAUUUGGAAACAUACGAAUUGGUGGACUGUCAGGAAUAUAUAACAAAUACCGUUAUCAUUUAGGGCACUACGAGAGGCCUCCAUACAAUGAAGAUACUAUACGGUCUGUGUACCAUGUAAGGCAUUAUGAUGUUCUCAAGCUCAUGCAUUUGAAGGAGCCGCUAGAUAUAUUCUUGUCACAUGAUUGGCCUCUGGGCAUUACUGAGUAUGGAAACUGGCAGAAGCUCAUUAGUGUGAAGAAGCACUUUGAAGAAGAGGUUAACAACAGAACACUAGGCAGCAAACCUGCAGCUGAAUUACUGAACAAACUAAAACCGCCAUACUGGUUUUCGGGGCACCUUCACUGUAAGUUCCCUGCUAUCAUCCAGCAUGGAAAGAAUGGACCUACGACGAAGUUUCUUGCACUUGAUAAGUGCAUUCCUGGGCGCAAUUUUUUGCAGGUUAUAGACAUUCCAUCCAAUCCAGGACCAUAUGAAAUCCAGUAUGAUGAAGAAUGGCUUGCAAUAACACGAAAGUUCAACAGUGUUUUCCCCUUAGCACGGACACGAUUUACUAUGCGGGAUGAACAGCUUGACACUCAAGAAGACCGGCAAUGGGUCAGGAGCAAGUUGAAUACUAGAGGAGCUAAGCCUUUUGAUUUUGUCCAGACUGCACCAUCUUUCAAUCCUUCCAAUACAAUAUCUAAACACUCCACAACAGUUUGCUGCAGGAACCCACAAACUGAGUCUUUUCUUCAGCUUCUGGAACUCCCAUAUCUGCUGGACUCAUCUAACUCUGAGGGUCAUUAUCUAAAAAAAUCUAACUCGGAGGGGUUUGGUAGAAAUGAGUCAAGCUCUCAGCCCGGAAACACACUAGAUGAUGAAGAUAUAGAGCUACCAGAUGAAGAUGAAGAUGCUUUAGAAGAUGAUGAAUGAAGGACAACGCUGUUGGACAAGUACCAUUGCACCUAUAAUGUUGGUUUCAGACUAGACGAGGAGCCAGUUUUUCAAAAAAGGGUAGACGAGGAACUACAUGUACUAGAUUGUAUUGUCAUAGCUGCUUGUUUGUGAGAGAACGUUUGUGGAAUUACAGGGUGAUCAGUUGAUCACAAUGCCAACUCUCAUUCGUGUCGAGUUCAUACUGAUUUUUCAACCAAGUACUAUUAAUCACUAGAUGCAUUUGGUGGAAAA